AUGUGGCUAACAGGGGCGCUGUCAAUACUGUGUGUGUCAAGCGUGCUGUCAGAUUGGCAUUGCCCAGAAAUAAGCUCCCGUCCUUUAGCUGAAUGCUCCUGCGAUUUACCUCAUACUUUAAGAUGCACUGGCGACCAUAAUGCUUUACAGAUAAUUGGACGUCACUUAAGAGAACAGAGAGCUAGGAACAAAAAUACAGCUGUAUCUCUGCUUGAUUGUGCUUUACGAGGCUUGUCUUCUUUGACAUCUGCGUCUGUAUCUGAGCUGGCGGGAGUUGGUUUACACGGCCUGGUUAUAUCAUCUGGAGAUAUUAAACGAGUGCAGUCUGGAGCUUUCAAUAGCAUAUCAUCAACCUUACUAGCAUUGGGUUUGCCAAACAAUCAAUUGCCGUUGGUUCCGACAGAAGCAUUAGUACGUUUGGUACAUCUAGAUCGUUUGGAUCUUUCAAAUAAUAAAAUUCACACGUUGGAUGCGAAUUCGUUUAAGGGCGUACAUAAUCUUACUUACCUUGACAUCAGUGAUAACCAGUUGACAAGCAUCGCUGAUGGUGCUUUUCAACCUUUGAUUAAACUGAAUGUGUUGAGGUUGAGGGGUAAUCUACUUAAAGUCUCCGCUUUGACAGCUUUAAAGGAAGCGAACAUGUUAAAAGAACUUGAUGUAUCCAGUAAUGCCUUAGAAGGACCUGUAGGUCCGUCGACAGUGCCUUCACUAAGCUAUUUGGAGACUCUUCAUUUAUCUGAUAAUACUUUUGCGAGCAUACGACGUGGGGCUCUUGCAGGUCUUACAAAUUUGACUCUGUUGAAUCUACAUAACAACCAAAUAGAUGUGCUUGAGGAUUACGCGUUUAAACAUUUAACUAACUUGUCUCAUUUGGAUUUGUCUCAUAAUGAAAUCGUAGCAGUCUCUGGUGCUUCAUUAGCUCAAUUGGCAAAUUUGGCGUAUUUGGAUUUGUCUCACAAUUUCCUCCGGUCAUUGUCGGCUGACCCACUCAAAGCUCUCAAUCGUUUAACAAAUCUUCUUCUUCAUGACAACGACAUAUCCAUGAUCGAAGAGGGUGCCUUAACACUCCACAAAGAUUUGCGAAGAUUCACUAUCGAAGAUAAUCCACUUAAUUGCGAUUGCUUAAUGGCCGGCUUUGCGAGGUGGUUGCGGGAGGCAAAAAAUCUGCCUCAAUCUGAUAAAUCAGCCGCAGUUUGUGCCACGCCACCUCAUUUGGAAGGAGCAUUAAUUUCCCGACUAUCUAAAAACAAGCUAUGUGAUGAUGACCACGUUGAGAACAAAGCUAUAGAUCAAGCUAACUAUGAUUAUAACAAAGUAGAUGAUAAUACUAUAGAUGUUGAUAAAAUUGAUGAUUUAUUGUAUGGUGAAAGAAUUGAUGGUUUGGAUGAUGAUGCUUAUGACGAAGAAUUGGAGGUUCCCGGGGAAGAAGAUUUGCCGAUAUCUAAAUCAACGGUGCGUUUAAUGGAUGCGUGGUAUGAUGAUGAAGAAGUACAUUUGUCCUGGACAAUAGAGCCUCUCUCGACUCUUCGAUAUCGUUGCACAGGUGUGACAGCUUCCAAAGCUGGUGGCCUUCCCAAGCACAUCGCCUGCCAUAGAGCACCACCGGCUAAUAUCGUGUUAAGAGGUUUUAAAAUUGAUCCCUUAGAAAAGUAUACGUUUUGUGUCGCUUUAGAAGAAAUGGAUACCAAAGAUAUGCCCAUAGCCUUAGUUUUGGGUUGUGGAAUGCCAUCUUUGGUCAGACAACGAGUUGAGUACAUCACAGUACGCUCUGAACCCAUUACUGUACCCAUGUUAGAACCUAUAAGAGUCUCCGAAGUACGAUCCAACAUUACCAGCGAUGGAUUGCUAACUGUCCUAAUAUCCGUUUUGGGAAUACCGCCUCCGAACCAAUACGUUUUACCAAGAUCCCAGAGAGUGUCAAUGCCCGACAGAUAUCUACACAAUUGCUAUGUAAUAUUAGCAGUUCUGGAUAGAGGGUCCUUAGUGGCCCAAAAAGAUACGCCGUGUCAGGAUACCUUGGAAGUAACAAUGGAAGGCUUUAUAAGAGGUCCAUAUGAAGUAUGCGCAACCAUUUCGAAGUUAAAAACUGACAGUGUACAUAAAAUUUGCAUUGUCCCACAACUUUUAGAACCAGUUGGAUCAUUACAAAUGAAGACCGGACUUAAAAAUCUAAACACGGCCCUAGUAGGACUUGCUUUAGGACUUAUGAUUAUUGUUAUAGCUCUUGUAUGGUUUGUUAGAAAGAUGUUGAAAAAACCUGCUGAAUUUCAAACCCACAGAUGUUUCAGGCCUGAGCCAGUUGCAGAGGAAAAUACAAGAGCUAGUUAUGUAAUGUUGACAACUACAGCUACAUCUAAAGUAUGA